UAGUGGUGAUAACUCAUAAUUUAUAUUAAAAUAAGUAAAUUUUCAUAAUUGUGUGGUGACAUUAUACACAAUUGAUAUAGUAUAUGUAAACUGAGGUGAGAGAGAGAUGCUGUAUAAUACAAAUUUAAUUUCCACCACGUUAUUUGAAGCCACACAAGUAUGUAUAUUCCCAAUUCCACCAGGAGAAUUAAGUAUAUCUAAAUGGAAUCUUAAUGAGUCAAAUAUUAUAUGGAAGGGUAAUUUAAGAUUAAUUGAACAAGAAGUUGUUCAAGAUGAUGUAGGAUUAUUUUCAUCAAUGCCAGGUUCUAGACUUCAUUCUACUGAUACAUUAAAAUGGGCUAAUUCUAUAAAUUUAUCUAAUCAAGAUCAAGUAUCUGAUACACCUCGUAAACCAUAUGAAUGUUUAAGAGCUAAAUUAGAAUUAUAUAAUGAAAUAAUUAUACCGCCCGGAGUUGGUAGUCUUACAAGUGUUAAACGUGAAGAAUCUUGGGCAGAAGUUUGGUAUAAUCCUCGACCUCAUGUAGAUCAUGAUAUUAAGGAUAUUAAUAUUUUAUUUACUAGUAAUUUUCCUGAAACUAUUCAAAUGUCAAAGGAAUCAGCUAAAUAUUAUAAAUUAAUAACUCAAUUACCAAGUUCAGGCUAUCAGCCAUUUAAAAUAUUUCCUGAUGCAGAUGCACCAAUUUUAGUAGCACUUGGAUUAAAACUUAAAGAUAGUAAUGAUAGUCUGGGAUUUAGUGAAUCAUUAAAUCUUUAUAAGAGAAGAUUUAGGAAUGUAGAAGAACAAUAUGUGUAUGAAUGUAAACUCCUCGAUAUUCAAAAGCAACUGGCACAAUUUUCAAUUAAUGAUAAUUCUGAUUUCACUUUAUUCCCCAUUGAUCAUGAGAAUAAUAAUAAUAUUCAUGAUAAUAUUCAUAAUAAUAAUAAUAAUAAUAAUAAUAAUAAUAAUAAUAUGAGGAUUACUAUUUCUGAUAGUAGUGAUGAUACUGAUGAUGACUUUGGAGACUUUAUUACUAGUUGACAUCCUGGUGAUGUUACCUAUUGGCAUAAUUAAAUACGAUAAUUGGUUUUUUCUUAGUUAAAUUA